AACNAAAAAAAAAAAAAAACUCAAAACACCAUAGAGAUGAGAUAAGAGCCCCAAAAAGAGAAACAAAAAUGGUGGGACUAAGUAUUGUUUUGGAGAUGACUAACAACAGCAACAACACUGUAAGUGACGGCUGUUUAAUUAGUCCUAAAGUCGUCAACAAAGCCAACGUUCUAGUCACCACCACCGCCAUAACCUCCUCUGCCUCCUCCGUGACUAAUCUCCAUCGUCAUUAUCAAGAUUCUGGUUUUCUCCAACAUUGUUUUCUCUGUAGAAGAAAACUUCUCCCUGCCAAAGAUAUCUACAUGUACAAAGGUGACAGAGCGUUCUGUAGCGUGGAGUGUAGAUCGAAGCAGAUGGUUAUGGACGAAGAAGAAAGCUUUAGAAGGGAGUACUCUUCGUUUAUGGAUGUUAAUACGACAAAGAAGAGUAAAUCUGAUUAUCCGGCUAGUACUGCACCGUCGCGUUACCGUCGAGAUCCGAGAAACCAAAGAGGCGGUUUUGCCUACUGAGAAGCGAAGUAGAGAGAGACGAGAAAGAGACAUCUCUCAAAAUGAACUGAUGAAAAUUUGUGUGAUUUUGACCUUUUUACCCUUUGGCUAAUUUUUUGUCGUUUUGUUAUCUCACGUGUAAAGCCGUAAGGGUGUUUUGGGUAUUAUCCUCGGAGUUUUUUUUUUUUUUUUUGGUUCUGCAUAAUCUCUCUAAUUUAUCUAUGGGAGCACUAAGUAAAAACAAUAUUUUAAUUUAAUUU